CGCAGGUUAGGAGGUGAAAUUCAGUGAAAAAGAUCCGGGCCCGAUGACCAAGGCAUAGCACCGUGCCUUGAUGGAAAUUUUGAGAAGUUUACGUACUCGUGCACGCAACGAUCGCAGAAGAAAACAUAUUUGAGAUUCAACUAUGGAGAGUGCAGCCGUAUCAAUUUUGAUGAGAGCCGUCGAAAUGGAUACCAAAGAAAGAUACACGAUGGCACUGGUUUUGUAUCAAGAAGGUCUCCAGAUACUCAUGGAUUUGAUAAAAGAGACCAAAGACGCGACAAAGAAGAAACAUUUCAAAGGGAAAGCAGCUGAAUAUAUGGACAGAGCCGAAACCAUAAAGGAACUUAUCAAGGAGCAAAAAUCCGCGGGAAGGUAUAGAGAACAGACGAAAAUUGAGGCAGGCUCCACCGGCCACGGAUACGCCACCGUUUUCGGAAGGUUUUUAGACGCUUCGGUAACUUACAUACACAUCGAAGAUCCCUACAUAAGGAGUUUUCAUCAGUGUCAAAACUUGUUGCGGCUCUGCGAACUUGGGAUUCAAAAGUGCCAUUCGUUGGCACAUGUGACGCUGGUAACCACCCAAGAUUCAGAUCAUCGGAAUGAACAAACAGCACGACUACAGGAAUUGAAGCUAAGCCUUGGAUUGCGGCAAAUAUCAUUUGAAUUCACGUUCUCGUCGACGCUACAUGAUCGGCAAGUUCGGUUGAACAAUGGCUGGGUAAUAAAAAUUGGACGAGGUUUAGACUACUUCAAAGCUUCUGCUGGAAAAAUGACGCUUGGAGCCUGUGACAUGGAGUUGAGGCCGUGUUUGGAAACGAGCGUCGACAUCUUUCACGCUUCUCAACUCGUCGGUAAAAAUGAUACGUAACGACAUA